AUCUGAACGUAGCAUUAGCAUCAAUAAACUUAACAAAACAAGGAGGGAAGUGUGGCUGAUUGUGGGAGCUAGGCGCUGUUAUGGCGGAGCCGGCGUCUCAGGCCUCCACCCAAGCCCGGCUACAGCAAGCACAACCCAGUGGGACGUCUGGGUCGAACGCGAACUCGGGCUCUGCGUCUGGGAACAGUGAUCCAGCCAGGCCGGGUCUCAGUCAGCAACAGUGGGCCAGUCAAAAGAAGGCACAAGUCCGUGCUUUUCCGAGAGCCAAAAAGCUUGAAAAACUGGGAGUGUUCUCCGCUUGCAAGGCAAACGAUGCUUGCAAGUGCAAUGGAUGGAAAAACCCUCACCCUCCAACCGCAUCCCGGAUGGACCUCCAGCAGCAGGCGGCGAGCCUCACGGAGCCCUGUCGCAGCUGCAGCCACGCCUUGGCGGACCACGUGUCUCACCUGGAGAACGUGUCUGAGGAGGAGAUGAACAGGCUGCUGGGGAUGGUGGUGGACGUGGAGAACCUCUUCAUGUCCGUCCACAAGGAGGAGGACACCGACACCAAGCAGGUCUACUUCUACCUCUUCAAGCUAUUGAGGAAGUGCAUUCUUCAAAUGGGGAAACCCAUAGUAGAGAGCUCGCUUGGAAGCCCCCCUUUUGAGAAGCCCAACAUUGAGCAGGGAGUGUUGAACUUCGUUCAGUACAAGUUCAGUCACCUGCCCCCCAAAGAACGGCAGACCAUGUUCGAGCUGAGCAAGAUGUUCUUGCUCUGCUUAAACUACUGGAAGCUCGAGACGCCGUCACAGUUUCGGCAACGCGCCCAGAAAGAUGAUGGCUCAGCGUAUAAAGUGGACUACACCAGGUGGCUGUGUUACUGCCAUGUCCCUCAGAGUAACGACAGCCUGCCGCGGUACGAGACCACGCAGGUGUUUGGCCGCAGCCUCCUCAAGUCCAUCUUCACCGUCACGCGCCGGCAGCUGCUGGAGAAGUUCCGAAUGGAGAAGGACAAGCUGCCCCCAGAGAAACGCACCCUCAUCCUCACACACUUCCCCAAGUUCUUGUCGAUGCUGGAGGAGGAGAUCUAUGGGGAGAACUCUCCCAUUUGGGAGGCGGACUUCACCAUGCCUGCAGCGGAGGGCUCCCAACUGGGACACGCGACUGUGUUAAGUCCUGGCGCUGUCUCGGGGUCCCCAUCCUUCAACAAGAGCAUGAGCAGCGGAGCCUCUUCCCUUGGCAGUGGGCUAGACUCCGCUGUAACUGAGCCAAUCACAGGUGAGAAGCGUAAGCUGCCGGAGGCGUUGACCCUUGAGGAUGCCAAGCGUAUCCGGGUGAUGGGGGACAUCCCCAUGGAGCUGGUCAACGAGGUCAUGAUGACCAUCACCGACCCUGCCGCCAUGCUGGGACCAGAGACCAGCCUGCUGUCGGCCAACGCGGCGCGUGACGAGACGGCGCGGCUGGAGGAGCGGCGCGGCAUCAUCGAGUUCCACGUGAUCGGCAACUCGCUCACGCAGAAGUCCAGCAAGAUCCUCAUGUGGUUGGUGGGCCUGCAGAACGUCUUCUCGCACCAGCUGCCCCGCAUGCCCAAAGAGUACAUCACGCGCCUCGUCUUCGACCUCAAGCACAAGACACUGGCCCUGAUCAAGGACGGCCGCGUGAUCGGAGGGAUCUGCUUCCGCAUGUUCCCCACUCAGGGAUUCACAGAGAUCGUCUUCUGUGCCGUGACCUCCAACGAGCAGGUCAAGGGCUAUGGCACCCACCUGAUGAACCACCUGAAGGAGUACCACAUCAAGCACAGCAUCCUAUACUUCCUCACCUACGCAGACGAGUACGCCAUCGGUUACUUCAAGAAGCAGGGUUUUUCCAAAGACAUCAAAGUGCCCAAGAGCCGUUACCUUGGUUACAUCAAGGACUACGAGGGCGCCACUCUGAUGGAGUGCGAGCUCAAUCCCAGAAUCCCCUACACUGAGCUGUCGCACAUCAUCAAGAGGCAGAAAGAGAUCAUUAAGAAGCUGAUUGAGAGGAAGCAGAGUCAGAUCAGGAAGGUGUACCCAGGCCUCACCUGCUUCAAGGAGGGCGUGCGGCAGAUACCCGUGGAGAGCAUCCCCGGCAUUAGAGAGACGGGAUGGAAACCUGCAAAAGAAAAAGGAAAGGAGCUGAAAGACCCAGACCUGCUUUACAACAUGCUGAAGAAUCUCCUUGCCCAGAUAAAGACACAUCCCGACGCUUGGCCCUUCAUGGAACCAGUCAAGAAGUCGGAGGCACCUGACUACUAUGAGAUAAUCCGCUUUCCCAUUGACUUGAAGACGAUGACGGAGCGCCUGAAGAAUCGCUACUACGUGACCAAGAAGCUCUUCAUCGCCGACCUGCAGCGCGUCAUCACCAACUGCCGCGAGUACAACCCCCCCGACAGCGAGUACUGCCGCUGCGCCAACACGCUGGAGAAGUUCUUCUACUUCAAGCUCAAGGAGGGCGGCCUCAUUGACAAAUGAGGCGCUAGCGUGAGCCGCAAGAGGCGGGACAGGGCUGGGUUAUUGGGGGUGUUCUGGGCUGCCAUUGGAGGGCAGGAAGAAGAGCAACCUCAUUGACCAAUGAGGUGACACCGGAAGUCCAAAAGGCUGCAUUGUUUUCUGGUUUGGUUGGGUUGGUGGGAGGGAUUUGGGGUACAUGGUCAAAUGACGCCUUAAGCCCAGGCAUAGAUAUAGAACAUUACGAUGACUCUCUCAGUCUUUUGGAGUGCGUUAACACUGUGCACCGCCAUCAUGUUACGGGGAUCCUUUUUCCCAGUAUCAGCAAAGAUGUUGUAUUACCGCCCCCUACAGGAUGUUGGUGCAUCAACGUUCAUGCCCUUCCAAAGAUGGCAGCGUCAUGGACUAACGUAUGUGCUCCAAUAGAUGGCGGGCAGUUGUCAAAUCGACAUCCACUGUUCCGUAUCUAUGAAGCCCAGGGCGGUCUGGGCUUCUCUGGGCUCUCAUUGGCUGAGUGGGUGAGCAGGCAGGAGAAAUUUUGGGUUCGUCAAAAAAUGAAAUGGGGGCAUGAGGCCAUUGGGUUGGGGGAUUUUACUGGUCUGGCAUUGGCUGGGUGAGAGCAGAUGGGAGGAGUCGUCCAUCGUUUGCUGUUAGAGGGACCACUACUACUGAUGCUACUACUACACACAGUGCAGCACAAGCAGAAGUAUUCACCAACACAACACCAUAACACACCACUUCACCCACCAGAUGGCAACUGAUAUUCUUCAGAUCAUACACACACACACACCCACUUUAGAUGGUGCACGCACGAGCUCAACAUAGUUCAUAUAGACUUGUUUACAUUUGCCUAUUUAAACAAAUGUAUAUCUGGGCAUAUAUUUCUGUGUGAAGUCUGGGUAUGUGCUUGGCAAGAUGCAGAGAACCUGUCUAGUACUAAUGUCAACAAUGGACAGGUAUUGCCUGUGUGUACACGUGUGCGUGUACCUAUACAGGUUUCAUGUUAUGCCACUUGAUAUAUUGAGAGAGAGUGUGCGUGUGUGUGUUUAUUUCUUUUCUGUGACAGUUUUGAACUCCUUAUGGGAGUAGAGUGGUCAGCCACGGCAGGAAAAAGACGUUUGCUCCUUACAUCACUGUUUCGAGACCUCUUGUACGUCUUGUGUACAACAUACUCACUCAACCCCAUCAGCUAUACACACUAUACACACAAACACACGUUACACACUGGUUGUUAGGUUAUCAGGUCAUUUCUUUACGCUUCAUGCAUCAUCCUCAUCAGCAUUAUAAUAUGUGUCAUAUGCAAACGAAAGGUUUUGCAUGCCACUAUUAGCUUCUGUCGUCUAGUUUCGUUUCUGAGGUUGUCACUUAAAACACUGGACUUUGGGGGAGAUGGUGCCAUAUUAACCAGAACAGGAAGAGAAGGCAUUGUGUAAAUGUCCUUUGUGUUGCCCACAACCCCAACGAUUACGGUAUUCGCACGCACCUCUUUCCUCUUUCCCUCCCUGUUAAUGUCAAAAGGAGAAUUCCAGCCAAUUUCAACAUGCGGUUCUGUUGGACACGCUACUCUUCAGUAUCCACGAUGUUUUAACAUUUUUUAGAAGGCGUUGACUGACGCUGCAUAAACUUUUGAGAUGAUACUAGGAGUAUGUUGAGAGAGAGUUGUAAACAAAUCAUGCCCUUCAUAAAAAUGGCUGGGAGCUCCGAAAGGACAUUGCAAAAAAAAAGAUUCAGGUCAGGUUCUGACAAGUCAUAAGUAGUGUGAGCAAUACAACUAACUGCAUGUUGAAAUGAGCAGGAAUUCUCCUUUGGAGAAGCUGCAAUGCAGUUUCAAGCUGCAAUGACGUUUCAUCAUACAGUAUUACAGUGAAAUCCUACUGUAAUGGUUGGUUUAGGUUGGGUGUUUCUACUUUGGACUGUGCAGUGGUGUUUCUCAAAAUGCAAAAACAAGGACCAAGAGUGCUUAUGAUAUUCCUAAUUAUUAUUAUUAUUAUUUUUUAAAUAUAUGUAACUUUGAAAUGUUACACUUGCUUCGUUUUCUUUUCCUGUAUAUUUCUUUUGAACCCUUUUUUAAAUGGGGUUUGAAGAAUGUAUUGGCUGUAACUGUGCAAACAAAAAGGUUGUUUGGAAAGUGAACGGGUGGGGUCCCUCUGGCAUUACGUGUCCAACAGUACUUUUGCUUUCAGUUCCAGUAUUUGGAAACUGUGUGUGGCCUAGGGUUGUUGUGUUUCUUUUCUUUAGGAGUGUCAUAUUUGAUGAAGAUGCAGCCUUUCUGCUCUUGAGCUCUUUCCGUGUCCAAAUCAGUUUGACUCUAGGGUGGUCAGGUCGGUUAUACUUGUAAUAGACCAGUGUUUGUGAAUAGUCUCACCACGUUCAUAGCUUUUCACUCCGCAGAUGGACCAUUUUUGUUCAGAGUUCAGUCAUGCACUGAAGCCCAAUGUCCUCGGCCAACAGAGGCCUCAAAACAGUGUAGUUCAUUCCAUGUUCACUGUAGUUUAAGUUCUGUUAUGGUCCCGAUCACAUACUGUCAGUGAUGGGCAACUUAGAUUAAUUAGUUUACGGUCCAAUGCCACAUACUCCAAAUUACCCGGGUGUAUGUGUCCAUUUCAUCCAGGUGAUCAUAUGACAAAGUAAUUGUACAUGUACAACUAAGUAUGGAAUAUGUGGCUCUGGGUUUAACUAAUGAAUGUAGGGUGCCCAUCACAUACUGUAGUAGGGAGGGUGUAGGCAGUCAAUUCUCCUGGAUAAUCUGAUCCUCAUGAUGCCGACAGUGCAGCCUUCCCAGCGUUCCCAUAAACAAGGCAUUUCCCUCCCCCCUGACUCCUCAGUCUGUGCCUUGUUUGAAGCCUUCUCCCCACUUGGCUGUGUUAUUGUGUAGGGAUAUUCCUUGUCAGGUUGGACAAUGAUGUUCAUAUUCACAAUUUCUGCCAAACUAAACAAAAACAAGGCAACAAAUUAUAUUUGGUUUUGUUUUGUGUUUUCAGUUGAGGAUGCGUAUUCGAAUCAUGGUUACCUUUUUGCUGGAGUGUUGGUGGGGAGUGUGAUUCAGACGUGUUCUCUGUCUUCGGCUCUUCUGGAGUGCGUUUCUCGAAGGUGUCGUUGCUAACUAAGUUAGCAACUUACUUGGUUGCAAUGCAAAUUUCCCAUUGGCAACCUACAAAGUUGCUAACUGGUUAGCAACGAUGCUUCUGAGAAACGGGGUUCUCCUCACAGUAUGCUGCAUUUUUAAUCUGAAAAAAAAACAUGGGUUUGUUCAAUUAUUCCUUGUCGGUGGAAAAAAUAUAUACUAUAUAUAGCAUCAGGAAAAGGGCAAAGAAAAAAUCAUUUUCCUCAAUUGCAUUUGAGAGAUGCCUGUGAAUUGCUAAGCUUGAUGUACUGUACCUCUCUGUUUAUUCAAAUAAAAGUUUUUUUAUAUUAA